AUGUCGCGGAUUCUGACUGAGCUUAAAAAGUUAGGUUUGGGAGGCCUCGACCAUGGAUGGGUUCGGACUAUCUAUGAUUCAGAAUUUCUUGAGUUUGGUGAUCUUCCGCCUGAUUACGAAAAUCUAGUGGAGUCCUUAGAUUUACAGUCAACAUUUAAGAAUGUAAUGAGAGCUUGCGAUGAGUGGCUUAGGCCGGAUACAGAAUCCGAAGAGGAUAAGUCGUGGGCGUUUUUGACUCACCAUAUUGAACAUGAGAAGGUGUUGGCUUUGUUGGCCUAUCAUAUAGAUUAUGGAUGCAAAAAUGUCCUUACUAAAGAAUAUAGAAAUAAUGCAUUAUUAGCAUCACGAGUUUACUAUAAGCUUUUGUCAAUUCCUGGAUAUACAGCAUAUCACAUUUAUCACUCACAAUUGUUUGUAAACACUCUAGUAUGCCUCAGUUUUCCAAAAGCCAUGAGUGACAAUGAAAGUAAUCAUUUGAACACAAAUCAAUUGACUCGUGAAGUAAACUCAGUCAUAACAGAAUUGAGUCAUUUUGUCAUAGAUUUAAAAGCUAUCAUAGAGCAUUUGCAACUCAACCCAAAUGAUAUGAAUUUUGAAGAUAUCCUAAGUAAUUUGAUUGACAUAACUGGUGGCACUAUUGUUACUAGAUUACAUGUUGAUAGGAUUGAACUUACCAGACUGACUGGAGUAAUAUAUGAAAUAAUUAAUAGUCUGAUAUGCAAUGCGGACAGAGAGCCUAAUCCCUCUGCUAUUAAGUUGCUUUUUAAAUGCCUUCUACCUAAGUUAUUGGCUUCAUCACUUGACACAAGAAAUGCCAAUAACAUUGUCAGAGCAUCAUAUGUGACAUAUUCUGGAUUGAUAUUAAGUAAAUAUGGCAAAGCUGCUCUACAAGGUUAUAUGUUGCUUUUGCAGCAUAUUUGUUACUCACAAGAGGGUUUGGAAAGACAAGAAGUACGAAAUGCCCGUGUGUCUUUGGUGUCAGGACUAAUGAGUCUGUUGCCCCGCCAGUCCUAUCGCAAAACUGUAAGAUGGCUGUUAAAAUUGUCAACAACAUCCAGAGUUGCACAUCGACAAAUUGCCGUGGAGAUGUUAGCGAACCUGCUCAGUAAUGAUCCAGAGGAACCUAUACCUGUACCUCCACCAAAUGAAGCGCCAAAUGCCAGUGAUUCAGGAAUGGAUAUUGACCCGCCGCAAUCCGACACUACAAACAACACGAGUGGAGGAGAAACAGAGAAUGCCAACAGUGAACAGGGGCCUAAUGAAGUGAAUCAGAACGAAACUGGAGGACAAGGGACCAUAGCCACUGAAGAUGAGAGCAGUCAGGAUAGUCAGGUGCCCCCUGAUGAACAUGAUUCGGUGAUGGAAGACAUUAUGGCUGGACUUCUCCGUCAACGGCCACAGACUGUUGCACAUGCUGACAUCUUGCGGGCCUUGUAUGCGCGGGCCAACGAUGUUUCCGGCUCAUUGCGUACGCGUGCGCUCGCCAUACUCACCGAUUGUCUCGGGAACACGAGGCCGGCUAUUGUUCAGUCGAUAAAGGAAUUGAACGGCCACAGCGAAGUAUCUCGGCUAAUGGCGGUGGGCGCUCGCAGCGUAUGCGACGAGCGCGCGGCCGUGCGGAAGGCCGGCGCCGCGCUCGUGGAGCGCCUGCUCGCCGCGCCCGACUACUCGCCACAGGCCACGGACCUAGCGAUAUUAGUAAAUCUGUGCCGCGAUGCAAGUAUUAUUGUUCGCACGUCAGCCAUCUCAGCUUUGGGAGAUUUAGCCACAAACCGACCUAGUGACACUGUGUUCGACGCUUUUUUUGCCGGACCUAUGCAUCAACUGUCUGAUCCAGAAUCUAAGGUGCAAGACCAGGUUGUAACGCUCGUCCAGCAUCUUCUAAUAGACCGUCUGAAAGUAUUUGUGGGUCCAAUAUGCGACGACCCUUUGCCCUGGAUGUUUCUCGCCGGUAUCAUUCGGCGUAAUAUGAAGCGACACUUGCAGAAAGCUUGCACUCGGAUGGCUAAAGCGGGCAAUUGUAUAAACCACCGUAUAGUAGACAUCCUGAGUACUCACUUGGGCGCCAUGGAUGAUGAUCGAGACUUACAAUGCUUAGUGUUACUGACGUGCGUGUCGAGAGAGGUCGAAUACUCUAAUCUUGGCUUUGUGAUGAACUACUACUACAAACUAUCUGACAACGAAGAGGAACGAGAUACGCGUCUAAUGCCGUUGACUUUGGAGCUCAUAAGCUCAUGGUCUAUGUUCGCGCAGUCCUGCGAGCGGUCUACGCUGCGCGACCAUCUCGUACGACGUCUCAUGACCUUAAAGAACGAUGGAUGUCGCAUAACUUGCGCCUCGUUGGCCGCUCGCCUAGACCCCGCCAACCUAACGUGGUCCACUGAACUCAUGCAGCUUUCGGAACGUCGUGCCAUAGAGACUGGAGAUAUAGAAGAAGGAAUUCGCGCUGCAGAUUUAUCGUUAGUGGCACCUGAACCGCCUUCUCCGGAACUUUUGUAUCUCUUCCUCAACGCACUUAGCGAGCCACCGUCGAGGUGGAGCGCGGCGCUGAGGGGCGCGUGCGUGGCGGGCGCGGGGCGGCUGUGCGUGCGCGACAGGCCCAUCGCCGUAGCCUUGGCGCCGCUGCUGGCCGCGCUGCUGACAGACGACGACGCUCCCAUGCAAGCUCGCGUCAACGCGCUAUUGGCGCUCACUGACAUAUGUAUUAGGUACACAGCGAUAGUGGAGCCCUUGAUGGACUCUGUGUGCGGCUGCUUGUCGCCGCAGUCCCCGCCCGAGCUGCGCCGCGCAACGUCGCGAGCUCUUACCAAGCUGCUGUUGGGUGGAUUCUUGCGCUUACGUGCACCUCUUUACUACAAGUAUUGGGCGUUAUUGGCUGAUGAAGAUCAUGACGUCCGAGAGCCCGUCGAGUACUAUGUGACGUGUUGUCUCACCACUGAUGCCAUUUACCACCACUUCGUGGACACUGUCCUACAUUACAAUAAAGAUAAUACAGAAAACCUAUCAUUCGACGCUCGUCAGCUGAUCUACGACGUGAUGCUCCAGCGAUUGUCGAUUGUACAAAAGCUGAACGUGCAAUGUCGGCUUGCGCGUGAUAUAUUAAAGCACGCAGCUGACAUGACCGAUGAAGGCGACGAGGAAAUAUCACCGGAGCUCAAUGCUGCUAUGUUGGACACUAUUACGCUGUUGUGCGGCCCCAGGAUGAAAUUGCCGAAAAAACCUCAGAACACUGGUGAUCCAGCCGAUAUAGACGAAUUACAAGAGAGAGUCACCACCAACAUUGUGUCUCAUAAAAUGAAGCGCACGGUAGCGGAGGUGCUAGUGCCGGCCGUGCUGCGUCUGUACUCGCGAUUGGCUCCACGCGGUGGACAAAUCGCCACAUAUCUCGUACGCAUCGCCACGGACCUACUCGAGGAUUACAGGCAGGAGAUCGAAGAGCUCAUCGACAGCGACGAAGAAAUAGUGGAGCGUAUUCACGAUUUCCAGCAGAACAUCGGUCAGGCGCCGUCGUUCGGCAACGCGCACUCUAGUUUAUCGAGAAACCCUAAUCCCGGCACCGUAUGGGAACCGGAGCCUAACACUAGUAUAGACCAAUGGGAACUUUACCUUAGCACUAGUAAAAGCCCUCCGGAACCGCCCUCUAGCACUAGUAGAGGCAUUCCAUGGGAAGAGCGGCCUAGCACUAGUAGAGGCAUUCCAUGGGAAGAGCGGCCUAGCACUAGUAGAGGCAUUCCAUGGGAAGAGCGGCCUAGCACUAGUAGAAGCAUUCCACGGGAAGAGCGGCCUAGCACUAGUAGAGGCAUUCCAUGGGAAGAGCGGCCUAGCACUAGUAGAGGCAUUCCAUGGGAAGAGCGGCCUAGCACUAGUAGAGGCAUUCCAUGGGAAGAGCGGCCUAGCACUAGUAGAGGCAUUCCAUGGGAAGAGCGGCCUAGCACUAGUAGAGGCAUUCCAUGGGAAGAGCAUCCUAGCACUAGUACAGACACUGCGCGGAACGUGCAGCCUAGCACUAGUAGAGGCACUCCAUGGAAAGUGCAGCCUAGCACUAGUAGAGGCACUUCAUGGGAAUUGCAGCCUAGCACUAGUAAAGGCGCUCCAUGGGAAGUGCAGCCUGGCACUAGUAGAGGCAAGAGGUCGAGCACAGAGAGACAGGACGGUAGCAUUGAUUGUAACGCCGUCGUAUCAGAUUUAGACUUACUAUUCAUCAGUAAUCAAAGCAGACCCUACUCAAGAUCAACAACGAGUUCGGUGUCUACGGAUAGCUCAUAA